AUUUGACCCAGUGUUAAGAUCGACAUUAAGUUGGUUAGGAAGGCUGUAGUGUCGUAGUUCAUCUACUAUUUCCCGGGAGUAGAGUGGAUCUAUACACUGGUUGUGGCCUAAUUCUUUGAUUAUUUUGUGUAUGCAGGUGUCGACUUGUCAAUAAAAAAAAUUGUUUUCUUUUAUGAUCGAAAGGAGUAGCUCUACCACGAGGAUAGAAUACAGGUGAAUAUAGGAUACACGUUGGUAAAACAUUGACCGCAGCCUCAAGUGACGCCACUGAUAUAAUUAUAUAUCUAUGAGAAGAAAAAAAGACCAAUAAUCAUCUAGUUGACAGUUUUGACACUAUAAGAAUAAAAAUUGAAAAUAAUUGGUGCAAGAUAAUUAAAGCUUUUUUUCCCAGACUGACUAAAUCUUACCAACCUUAUGCAGGCCUAUUUAAUUAUAUAGGUUCUUCGCUGGUUCGAUCCUACGGCUAUGCAUGAGGGCAACGAAAAGGAUGAGCUUAUUGAGAGUGGUCUUCUAAUUUUGUCAGGUGGUAGAGAUGUCAGUGGUAACUUUUUGUUAACAAUCCCAACAAGCAAGCUUGAUGAUUUAACAGAAUGGGAAGGAGAAAAAUUAACUACACUUUGUUUGCAUAUGGCGGAAAUGGCCAGGUGUCUGAAAAUGGGAAAGAAUCCUCCUGUUUCAACUGUUCAUACUUUGCCCCUGGCAUUGCUGGUAGAUUUGCGUGUGGCUUCCAAGGCAGUCAUCACCUUGAUAGUAGAAAGUUUGGAAUCAGUUGAGCAUCACAGUCGUGGAACCAUAAGUGUUGCCUAUUUUAUAAGUCCUAAAAAGACAAGCAAAUCCCACACUCUCAAAAAACUUCUUGGAAUCAAGCCGAGUAAGAAGAGACCUAGAGCUCCAUUGUUUAAGAGUGUAAUAGUCAAAACCAUCCAAGAACUCCAUACCCACAUUGACAUCUCACAUCUGACAUUAGACUUCUGUGGGACUUUGUUAUAUAACCAUUUAGCAUGGAUGCAUUUUUAUAAUGUAGUCAUCAAAUGUAUUGAAGGAUGUCAGGUCCUGUUGACUAAACUGACCAGUGUGAAGGACCGAGUUGACCUGUUGCAGGAGUAUGAAACAGAAGGUCAGACCUCAAGUCAACUCCAGCAAUUGCUGGCAGAGCUCAUGGACAAAUUUCAUAUUAUCAUCACGGAGUCCUUCUUGCCAUUCUGCCUGGUGCAGUGCAAGCAAACUAUUUUCCUCUUAGAGCAUCCAUCCUCAGACAGUCAUAUAUCAGCCGUUCACUCUGACCUCAUAGAAGGAUUCCGGACAUGCCUGCGGGAGCUGUUCACCAAGCUGGAUCUCUGGAAUACCGAGCUGGAAGAGGCGUGGAGGGUAACAGAAAACAGGUUGACCUUGCUCAUACAGCUUCACAAGCACAGGGAGAGGGCAAAGGAGAUUCAGCGUAAAAUAUUUGAACACUACAAUCCAUUGCUACGAGAGCAUCCUAUCGUGGGGAAGACAUUGAGUCAAGCUGAGCUGUACAGAGCCCAUUUCACUACUACACUUUAUGAGCCUGCUAAAGAGCUUCUGAGUCAAGCCACAGAAAUAUUAGAAGCUGUUCAUAGGCUUAAGAAUGGUACGACUGUGGUUGGCAGUGGGCAUUACACCACAUUCUCAGGCCUGGACAUCAGUGACAUCAGCAACCUGCUGACCACAAGCAUACAGCCCUUCACCCAGCAUCUUCAGCAUUUACAGCAGAUUUAUGUUAACAUACACAUCUUCCAUCUUCUGUUUGAAAAGACACUGAUAUGGUAUAAAAAGGUACUAAAGUUUCUGCCAGAGACAUUGCUGGACAAAUGUACUGUAGAUUCUGAGCUGUCAUCACUUGACCUCUCUUUCUAUAACCUUCCACCUCAAGGAAACGAAUCAUUGGUCUACAUGCCAACUGAAUGGCUUGGGGCAGUCCGUGUUUUUCUGUCUCGCCACCCCCCACCUCGGCAAGAACACAUUGACAAACUGGAUGAGGCUAUUCCCCAGCUGGUUGAUAAAAAGCUUCGAUCACAAGCCAGGUCAUUGGCUCUGAGGCUGCGUCUUAUACAGAGAUUAUUGUCAAGUACACGUCUUCCACUGCAGCUUGUUAAAGCUGUUUUAGCUUGGAGGGCAGAACUGUUUGGCAUCCCACAGGGAGAGAGAACAAAUGGGAACUAUCACACCCUGGCCUCUUCCAAACACAGAAAUAAAUCAUCAGAUAAUUUAGACUCCAUAGCUGGAUCACAAUCUGAUAGGCUGCCAUCAGACAGUGUACAGACUUUCAAUAGAACUCCAGAUAAAACUGGGAAAAGAAAAAGUUUAGGCAGUUUGGAGCUGGAGACUAACUUGGGCAAACCUAAUCCUCUCUUAGCUGUCACAGAAAGAAAUGUAGACAAAAAGACACCAUUAAGAUCAAUGUUUAGGGCUAAAAGUGUAGAAUUUAAUUUUAAUAGUUCUAGCACUGAUGGAAGUGUAUUUGACUAUGAACGAGCUGUCAGUGGAAUACAGCAGCAAGCUGCAGGUCAGCCGCCAGGGAAAGACAUGAUUAGAGCCAGAGCCUAUCCACGAAAGGCCAGAAGAGAAAGCCAAGAUACAGUUUUGAGAGCAACCAACAUGGAGAGAAGAGCCUUUGAGGAUGUUGCUUUUUCUGAUCCCUCGGACCUCCUUCAGAGCCGAGACCUGGAAAACAGGUUGGAUAGUGCACUGAAAAAGGAAUAUAAGACAGAUGGCAGUGCGGAUGAUUUUUCUUUUCAGGGCAAGAGCUAUUCUGUGUUGGAGCCUUCUUCUUCUUUGACUCCAGAAAGUCAAGUUAAUCCAGAAAAUCAGACUCCACCGAAUCAAACCAAGUCUAGUAAUUAUGGCAACAAACCUAGUCCUUUAGACAUUGGGCACUCAGCUCCAGAUGAAAGGUUCAUUAGACUGACAUUUACACCCAAAGAGAGGAAAUCCCAUCCUCUAUACACCUUUAAGUUUGAAAGUCUGGAGAGUGACAAAGAAAAACCAGAACAAAAAGUGUAUGCUGAUGACGAGGAAUACCGAUUAAGCCCUACUGAAGAAUCUCAAGAUCCCUAUGAUAACCUUGUGCAGAAGAUAAGAGAUAUUUCAGCCAGUGAGCUCAGUAAUACUGAAAAGUUGAAAAGAGUUUCCAAACUAUUGUCAGCAAGUUCAACCCCACAAAAUCCAGAAGAGGAUGGAACAGAAAAAGAAGAGAAGAAGAGUCUUGGCAGAUUUUCAAAGUCUGCUCUUGAUCUGAGGCAACAAGAGUCCCAUCAAUCUGAAGAUGAAGCCUUUGACAAGGAGCCAUUAAACAGUUUCUCUGAAAAUGCAAAAGAAAAUCCCAUUGAUGCUGUGCUUAGGAUGAAGAGAAAUCUGGCCAAGUCAAUGGAAGAGCUCACAACAAUAGGUCUCCAGACCGCACCACUUCCUUUUCACCUAGCCAACGGGCGCAGCGAAGUGCGUUAUAAAACAGAAGUAAAAAUCAACCCUGUUUUUGAAUUGCAGGAUGACACUAAAGAUGACACUUUGGAUCAGGAAGACUCUUAUAAUUUCACAGAGGGCCCCAAAUUGGCCUCUGGAUCAUACUCUACAAAUUCAGAUGUGAAUACUACCAGAUUUUCAAAGCCUGAGAGUCAACCAAAACAUCAGAGUUGGUCUGAUCUUGAUUCUAUUAGUCCUGUGUCCAGCAAUGCUUCUAAGGGACAAAAAAUCAGGCAGUCAGCUGCAACAAAAGACAAAACAUCCCCAGAAACUGAAACAAAGCUUUUGGAUCACUUUUGGCCAAGUUACUUAGAUCAUGGGCUCCCAGACUAUGACAUUGAUUAUGAUCCAAAGUUAAGCUCUUCCAGAAUGAGCCUCAACCACCUGGCAAAUAGGAAUUUCCUCUCACCCUCUUUCCUGCGUCCUGCUGUAUCCAUGAAAGACUUGACCUCGAGGCCUGUGGAGACUUUUAACAGGUACAGACUCGAUUUUGACCAAGAGUCAGACUACAGAGACCUGGAGGAAAUUGAAAUGUUGCGCUCCAUACAAGAAGACUCAUUGUCCAACGAAUUUUCAAAAUUAAGUUCUGACAAGAAGAAGCACUCCAGAGUUUUUACAGGCGAUUUCAUGGAGAAAAUGAAAACAGAACCUUCUUUUAGCUCGGGUGAUUAUGGCAACGCAAAUGCAGAGAUAGUGGGCAGGGCCUCAUCUUCAGUGAAGGUUAAAGGCAGCGUUAAGGAAAAAUCUGUUCCAGACAUUCAUGUGGAUUAUAUUUAUUUUGUGGAGCACAUGGAUAGCCCAGGAGAAGAUGGUCAAGAUGUUGAUUUACUAUACUCCAAUGACCAUUUUAAUAGACUAAUUACAGAAGCUGAACAAGAACAUUUGAGCCAAGAAGAGGUUGCAAGCAGUUUGAGAAAGACUGAAAGAAUUUUGGAGGAAGAAGAAAUCAAGCGACGUCACUUAGAGCGCCAGUUGUCAGACAUGAGUCAAGAAGAAAGUAGUGCAGAUGGCAUACAGCAUGGAGCACGUAGCCUGAGCCACACAGCUUCUACUGACAAUGGUUAUGGCUCAUGGCCAAGUAAAUUGGUCACUGUUCUCAGCACAAGCUCAGAGGGACCUGAUCUGGAGUUAGAUUUCUUCCCCAAGAGAGGUAAAUCACUGGACCCCCAGAAGGAUCUGUAUUGACAGACUUUUAAGUUUGACUUGAACAAACAGAAUGUUCUGUAACAGAAAAGACUACUUCUUUGGCCUUUAACUAUGUAUAUAGAAGAAUAAUCUUUUUUUGUACAGAUUAUAUGCCUGUGCUAUAUUAAGUCUCUUUAAGCUUUAACAAUAUCUGUUUUAACUUGAUCAGCAUAAGAGAUAAUGUAAAUACAUUUAUUUGUAAAAACAAAAUUCUGAGAAGUGGGUGUUACAUGGAGAUGUUGUUAUAAAAAGGGAGCUUAUCUAUUAUAUAAGAGCAUGUAUCCACCCAGUAGUUACCACCCACUUCUAAUGAAUCACAAAAGUGUUUGUAUCUGUUAGAUGUAUGAGAGGAAUGUCUCUUAAUGUUGCUUUCAUUGUUUAUUACAAGUAAUAAUUAUUUGCACAUUAUUCAAAUUGUUUAUAUAUUGUUCAUAUAGACUUAAGUUUGAGCUGGUCUCAAAAUAAGGAAAUUUAGCAAAACUGCAUUGCUACAACACUUUUACCCUAAAUAAUAAUUCAUAUGCAUUACUGUAUUUGAAUUCGGUAUAGUAAUAUUUCAGCAUUACAUAUUUUGGAUGGUUCUGAUGUUGUUAUAUUAGUUUAUGUUUACGGUAAACAAAAAAUAUUAAUUUAUACUCAGCACUUUUGUCUUAUUGUUGAUGUUAAUGUAUGAUAAAUAUUCUUUGGGCUGUGGAUGUAACUUGAAAAACUCUUUAGAAUUUUCAAUGAGUUUCAGUAUGAUUUUCUGUAGCUUUGAAUAAUUCUUGUAUCAAAAAUUUUAUAUAUUUAUUGUCUUCAUUAUAUUAUAAAUAUUUUGUAUACAUGAUGAGGAGGUGAACAGCCAUGAAUGGAGGUCAGAUAACCUUAUGUAAGAGAAAGGAUUGAUGUGAUUUUGAGUUCUUGUUUGAAUUAUGUUGGAGAAUAACUUUACUUUUAUUCGUAUUAGUAAGUUUCUCAACAUUAAAUCUUUGUUAAGAAUAAUUUCAAGUUUGAAUGCAGAUACUUAAAAAAGAAAUCAACUAGUCUUAUUUCAUUUUUUU